AUGUCGUGGACGGGGGGCUCCAAGUUCAGUCUCGGCCUCCGGCUCCGGCUCCUGCUCCUGCUGCGGGACUGUCCCAGGGGCUGCUCAGCGGGCCUGGAGAAAGAGGCUGGCUCUCUUCGCUAUGACUUCACCAUCAUUCCUCAGCACAGACCAGAACAACCAUGGUGUGAGGUUCAAGGCCAGGUAGAUGGAAAGACUUUUCUUUCCUAUGACUGUGGCAGAGACGAGGUGAAAUCCUUGAGUCUCCUGGGAGAGGAGGUGAAUGGCGCGAGGGUCUGGCAAGAACAGAUGGAAACGCUGAGAGACGUGGGGGACUUGCUCAGACAGCAGCUUCCGAACAUUAAACCGGAGAAAUACAGGGACAGGGAUCCUCUCCCCCUGCAGGGCAGGAUGAUGUGUCAGUGUAAAGCCCAUGGACGCACGAGCGCCUCCUGGCAGUUCGGCCUCCAUGGACAGAUGUUCCUCCUCUUUGACUCGGAGAAUGGAACCUGGACGGUGCUUCAACCUGGAGGCAGACGGAUGAGAGACAUGUGGGAGAGUGAC